AUGAGAGGACGUCGGUCUUACCACAAUAAAGCCGAACCCACACACCACUCUCCGGACAGUGAAGAACCUGAUGAAGAUGUCGAGAAUAAUAAAGACAUCACCCCCAUGUGCCCCCUGUGCGGGCGUGGCUUUGACAUGCCCCUCCUCCUGCCCUGCUCACAUACAUUAUGUGGGCGGUGCCUAACACAGAAGGCCAGGUUGGACAAAUGCAGACCUGCGUGUAAGAGUUCUUACACAUUUCGUCCGAUAUGCGCCGUGUUGUGCCCGCGCUGCUGCCACGCCGUGGAGCUGCCCUGCUCUGAUUGGUCGUAUGCCACCAGAUGCCUGCCUCUGUACCCUACUGUGACCUUCGACCCUGAGGAUGAAGGAGGUGUAAGAAAUAAGACAUCAGUCAUACCAGGUCUGAUGUUUGCUCUGGACCUAUCUACCACAGCCCCGCCUCUUCAGAUCUCAAACUCCGCCCUUACUGCCACCUAUAAGGGUAUCGGUGAUCAGACUGGGGAUGGGGACACCCGCGCCCCCUUUUCUCAGGUGUGCGGUGAUGUCGAAAUCCACAGGGGGCAGUACUACUGGGAGGUGGAUGUGUGCAACAGCGCUCUCUAUAGGAUCGGUGUAACCUCACUGACUGGCGAUCAGGCCUGGUGGUUCGAGAGGUUUGGCUCGACGUUCCACGCCCUCUUUGACGGACAGCGUGAGCAGCUCCUCUCCGUCCCGCCCCAGUUAAAAACAGUGGGCGUGUUCCUGAAUGUGGGCGGAGCCUCCAUCACCUUCCACAACCCUUUAACACAAGAACUUCUGGCCGCGAUCCCCUCUCGCUUCGCCGCACCUCUCCGCCCUGCGUUCCAACUGGGUCAGGGCAGGAUCAAGCUCCGCCCGGGCCUGCCGCCGCCUAGCCACGUCUUCCUGAGCCGCAACUCGACCUAUCGGGGGCCCGAGCGGGCGCUGCGGGGCCGCUGGAGACAGGACGUCGCGUUUGGUUCGGUAACCGGUAUGGAGAGUGUUCGUGUGCUGCUUGGCUUGCUGUGCGUGCUGAGCUGCGCACCGGUGCCGGUAACGGAGGCCUCGUACUCGCGGAUGAAGUCCGCCGCCCUGCCCAUCCAACCGGAGAGAGAACCUCUACCAUCCAAGGGAGUGUCCGGAUGCUCGUUCGGUGGGAGGUUUUAUUCCCUGGAAGACACGUGGCAUCCGGACCUCGGGGAUCCAUUUGGAGUCAUGCAUUGUGUCAUGUGUCACUGUGAACCGCAGCGCAGUCGGCGUGGAAAAGUGUUCGGAAAGGUCAGCUGCAGGAACAUAAAGCAGGACUGUCCCGAACCGAACUGCGACGACUCCAUCCUGCUGCCGGGCCACUGCUGCAAGACCUGUCCUAAAGGCGACUCGGACAGAAAGUCCAGUGAGACUCUCUUCGACGGGUUCGAGUUCUUCCAGGAGAAAGACGACGACCUGCACAAGUCCUACAACGACCGCUCGUACCUCAGUGUGGAGCACAUGAGUGACGGAGGCAGCAAGACAGAUUUUGUGGCUUUGCUGACCGGCGUGACCGACUCCUGGUUGCCAAGCUCGAGUGGAGUGGCACGUGCCCGCUUCACCCUCAGUAAAACCAACCUGGCCUUCUCUAUAACCUACCAGAGGUUCGCCAGGCCGAGCAUGAUCGUAUUCCAGGACUCGGAGGGAAACACAGCAUUCGAGUUUAAAGUUCCUCAAUCUGAAACCGACAUGAUAUGUGGCGUCUGGAGGAACCUUCCCAAAUCUCACAUGAGGCAGCUCCUGGACGAGCAGCUCAGUGUCUCCAUGCUAACGGUGGACGGGCGGCGAGAGGAGAUCCAGGGGAAGAUCAUCAAACACCGGGCGCUCUUCGCUGAGACGUUCAGCGCCAUGCUAUCCUCAGAAGAAGAGCACUCCGGCAUGGGUGGCAUCGCCAUGCUGACCCUGAGCGACACCGAAAACAACCUGCACUUUAUCCUGCUCAUGCGAGGCGUGGUCGAGGCCCGGGAGAGUGCAUCUCCGCUGGUGCCCAUCAUGGUGAGACUGCAGAACCGACAGCACAUGCUGCGAGAGAUCCAUGCCAACGUCACCGCUCACGACCCCGACUUCGCCGAAGUUCUGACCGACCUGAACAGUCGCGAACUGUUCUGGCUCUCGCGUGGUCAGCUCCAGAUCGUCGUUGAAACUCAAGGUCACGACCCCAAGCAGAUCUCGGGCUACAUCACUGGCAAGAGAUCAUGUGACACUCUACAAAGUGUAAUGUCCAGUGGGGACGCACUGACUCCUGGAAAAACGGGCGGAGUCGGGUCAGCCAUCUUCAGUCUCCGUGACAAUGGGACCCUUGACUACCAGGUACAAGUGGAGGGCUUGACCAGCACCGUGGUGGGCGUGACCAUUGAGAUGAAGCCUCGUAGGCGGAGCAAGCGCUCCGUGCUGUACGACGUGACCAGCGAGUUCGUGGCGAGCGGGCGUGGCGGGCGAGCGGCCGGCUUGUACGGCCGGGUGGAGGCACGCCACAUCCACAUGCUGCUGCAGAACGAAUUGUUCAUCAACGUCGCCACUACGGAGAACGCAGAGGGAGAACUGAGGGGACAGAUUCGCACCCUGCUGUACCACGGGCUUGAAUCCAACCGCCAUGACCUGCCGUUCCCCCUGGCUGGACAGUUAGUGUCGCCCCCCGUGAAGACCGGCGCUGGCGGGCACGCCUGGGUGAUGGUGGACGAGCGCUGCCAUCUGCACUACGAGAUCGUUGUGAAUGGACUGGGCAAAGGCGACGACGCCACCGUAAAUGCCCACCUGCACGGCCUGGCAGAGAUCGGAGAGAUGGAUGAAUCGGCCAGCACCGGCCCCAAACGCCUACUGACCGGCUUCUACGGAGAACAGGCUCAGGGAGUUCUGAAGGAUCUAAGUUUGGAACUGUUGAAUCACUUGAAUAAGGGCACGGCGUUCAUCCAGGUCAGCACCAAGAUGAACCCACGUGGAGAAAUUCGGGGCAAGAUCCACGUCCCGAACACUUGCGAGUUGGGCACCAGGACGGAGGCGGUGGUGGAGGAGGCAGAGUUUGACGACGUGGUGUUUGUCCGGGACCCCGAGGCGCUAAAGCAGGACCCUCUGGCGUGUUUCUUCGAGGGCGAACGACAUACCCACGGUUCCCGCUGGACCCCUCAUUAUAACUCCUGCUUCACCUGCACCUGUCAGAAGAAAACGGUGAUCUGCGACCCGGUCAUGUGCCCGCCGCUGGCAUGCCCACACACGUACCAAUCCGAGGACAAGUGCUGCCCCGAGUGUGAUGAAAGGAAAAAUCCAAAGGAGAUUAAAUCCUCAGAGAAGGUUGAUGAGCAUCCAGAAGGUUGUUAUUUUGAAGGCGAUCAGAAGAUGCAUGCCCCGGGAACCGUCUGGCACCCGUUCGUGCCACCCUUCGGCUAUAUUAAGUGUGCCGUGUGCACCUGCAAGGGUUCUACUGGAGAGGUGCACUGUGAGAAGGUGACCUGCCCGGCGCUCACCUGCAGCCGACCGAUCAGACGAAACCCCUCAGACUGCUGCAAGGAGUGCCCGGCCGAGGACACGCCCCUUCCGGAGGAGGGUGAGAUGAUGCAGGCGGACGGACCUCGACACUGCAAGUUCGGGAAGAACUACUAUCAGAACAGCGAGAACUGGCAUCCUCGCGUGCCACUGGUGGGAGAGAUGAAGUGCAUCACGUGCUGGUGUGACCACGGGGUGACGAAAUGCCAGAGGAAACAGUGCCCGCUCCUCAGCUGCACCAACAUCACACGGAAAGAGGGCAAGUGCUGCCCCGAAUGUGCAGACGACUUCACCAAAGAGGAGGAGAUGAAGAUGGAGGAGAAAAAGAAAAAAUGGAGGCAUUGACCCGGCGUCUAUUGUUCGUCCCUCCACCCGUCCGUCUGUCCGUCUGUCCUCUCCUGAACGAGCCGCUGGUUGUGAACUGUUUGAGAAACAACAGAAAUACGAGUGGAGAAUAGAAACGAGACAGUUUGAACGAACGACUGAGGAGAACCAGAUGGUUCCUCUGAAGAAAAGAACGUGCUGAAGGACACCAGGAAAAGAGAGAAGAGAAAAGGACCGAGUGCUGCUGCUGCGCUGGACAGAAAACAGACUGUUGGGGGUUUUUUGAAGGUUUUUGCUUGAUUUUUGUACGGCUUUUUGGGCGAGUGAACCCACAGGAGGCCACACAGAUGUGCACGCUGGUGCUGCUGGGUGGUAUGGUGGGCAUGUGUGCUAUAGUGGUGAGUUGCAGGCAGCCGUAAAACACACACAUGCGCCCACACACGUUCACCCAUCCGCUCUCCAACAUGCUUCCACAAAUACACCAGCUCAUUCACAUCACACUCCGCUCUCAGCCAAUCAGGCGGAGCCUAGGACUUUACAUACCGGCUCCGCCCACUCUUGUUGCACCUGAUGUUGUUACCUGUCCGUUCUGUUUCCUGACCUAAUUGUGUAAUAUAUUAUAAUUAUUUGCUGUUAUGAUGAAUAUUGUAUUGCAUAUUUAUUAUGCGU